CCUCAAAGGAACAUACGCGAUGCACAUGUGUAUGGUCACCUAAUCCUGAAGAGCUCCAAGGGAAAAGAAGGGACAGGCCAAAAGGCAAACAACGAGGACAAAAAAGGCUCUCGGGACUAACUUCGGAUAAUCAAGGUACACGUGUAUUUAAAUUUUUCCAAAUUUCAGCCACUAUUGGGCCGGGCCUGGAGGCGAUGAUAGCCCGGGCGGAAUGCUUUUCGCCGGAGGCCAACAGCGAUACAGAUCUCCACACAGGAAAACGGCGCUCUUCGGUGAGUUAUGCAAUGGCAGUCCGAGAUUCGGCUGCCAGACAAAAUGGCGAUACUUCUCAGCGCCGCGAUGCGACCGCUGGAAGCUCCCGAGAUGAGGAGGACGCGGCACACCGGAACGGACUCACGGGGAAAUUCCUGAUGUCGUCGGCGUCGACUGUGAAAGGCUUCUCUUGCUGGUCGUUGAUACGGGUCGAACGGACACCGUUUGCUGGGCAGCCAAGUCGGACUGGCAGGUAUGGCGAAGUCGCGCAGAUGUCAGCAGAACUCCAAAUAAAUCUUCCGGGGCCCUUUGUAUUGGGACCCCGGUUGCCUUCAUAAAUGAUAAAUAUUAAAUACUGAACUACUAUAACUUUAA